AUGGCCUCGAAUAGCAACUUUGGAGCAGAGACAACUGCUGAAGAGGUGGCGUCGACAUUUUGUGAUCAAAUCGUUGGAAAGACGAUCCUCAUCACUGGAAUAAGUCCCAAUGGCCUUGGUGCUGCCACUGCUCACGCCCUCGCCAGGUAUGACCCGGCGAGCCUCAUCUUCACAGCCCGGACAGUCUCCAAAGCUUCUGCCGUGGCCAACACCAUUCGGGCAGAAUAUCCAAACCUGAAGACGCAGAUCCAUGUCGUUCGCAUCGAUCUGUCAGACUUGGAGAGCACUCGCCAAGCUGCCGCCACCAUCCAGAGUCUGACACCACAUAUCGACAUCAUGAUCAACAACGCAGCAGUAAUGGCCCUUCCCAACAGAGUCAUCACUAACAACGGCCUGGAGGCUCAUCUAGCCACGAACUUCCUGGGCCAUUUCAUCCUUACCUCACUUCUCCUUCCACAGCUGAAAGCCGCUAGCCCCAAAGCGCGAGUCGUCAACAUUGUCAGCGGCGGAUUCUAUGUCCAGCCCUUCAGAUUCAGCGAUUACAACUUUGACGGCGGAAAGGAGCUUCCAGAGGAUGAACGGGUUGAUCUCGAAAUGGCCGAAGAGCUUGGCAUGGGCUGGGUCAAGGACGUCGGCACGGGAUACGUCCCCUUUCUAGCAUACUCACAGACGAGCACGGCGUUGAUGCUCUACACCAAGGGCCUGAAUGAGGGCUUAUCUGGAGACAAGAUCAAGGCGUUCAGUGCCGCACCAGGAGUGGUCUUGACGGAGCUGCAGAGACAUCUUCCGAGUGGGUUUAGGAAUCCAAAGAUGGUGUACAAGUCUGCCAGCCAGGGAGCCGCGAGCUUUCUCGUUGCCGCCUUGGACCCAAGUCUCGAAGGCCAUCCCGGAGCCUACAUUGAUGAUUGCCAAAUCAGGCAGACGCCUCAGCAUGCUCGUGAUGAUGCGGCUGCUCGCAGGCUUUGGUCACUGGCUCAAUCCUGGAUGAAGGCGGCUUGA